AUGAACCCUUUAUAUCCAACACCUACGGACGACCCGAUGGAUCCGUUGAAUUGGUCGGCGUGGAGGAAAAACAUAUGUAUCGCCACUGUGAUGUUCUCCUACUUCCUCUUCACGUACGUGGGUAUUCUUUCCUAUUCUUUUGCCCGGCUCAACUGUCAAGCGGAGGAAAAAUUAAGAGAGCUCAAUAUGGUUACUUACACCCAGGUCAACUGGACGCUUGCUAUUCCAUCCCUGGGACUCGCUGUUGGCCCUCUCUUCUGGUCAUCGUUCGCCGACAUCUACGGUCGCCGCAUUAUCAUGAUCACUGGCACUUGCAUCGCCAUCAUCGCCACCGGCUGCUCUAGUCUACAUAACAUCAGCCUGGGUGGCUAUAUGGCCACGCGUUUCUUCCAAGGAUUUGGCGCCAGUCCUGCCGCCACCGUCGGGCUGAGCAUUAUCAAUGAUCUGAGUUUCGAACACCAGAGAGGUUUCCGCGUUGGUCUGUGGGUGCUGGCCAUCGAUAUGGGAACAUACACCGGCGUUCUGAUCGGCGGUUUCCUUGCAUUGGUGGAUCAGUACUGGGUGCAGUACCAUGUCAUCAUCCUCUUCGCCGUCCUUCUGGUAUUAGAGGUCGUCUUCCUGCCAGAGACGCUGUACCCACGAUCCUACGUCCUGGCACACGCCCAUGACGAGUCGACGGCAGUGUCGGCCGCACAAACAUCAGGCGAUGGAGAGAAAGCCGGCAACAUGAUCGGUAUCGGUCUCAAUGUCAAACGCACUCGUCAGCUCGGAUACUUGUAUGUCGGCAAGAUCCCAGCUGUCAACCACCCCAAUGUCUGGGAGACUCUGAUUCACUUUGGCUACAUGUGGCGCUACCCCACUGUGGUGCUGCCCGUACUCAUGUACGUCUUCUUCCAGUACUGGUGGUGCAGUUCCAUCUUGACCAUGCUGCCUGCCGCCUACGAAGACUACAAGGUCGACAUCCAAGGUCUAUUUGUUAUCGGUCUGAUGCUGGGCACGGUCAUUGCCGAGGUUGCCUUCUCCGGCCGUCUGAGUGACUGGCUCGUGGCGAGGCUGGCGGCCAAGAACGGCGGCACCAGGGUGCCAGAGAUGCGAUUGUGGCUAGCAUAUCCUGGCGCGGUUUUCUCAGCUGUCGGUCUGCUAGUCUGGGGCCUUAGUAUUGCCCGAUCCUGGCACUGGAUCACCGGGCAAGUGGCGUCUUUCAUCUUCGCCGCCGGCCUGCAAAUGGGAAACACAGUCAUUUCAUCGUAUAUUGUCGACAACUACCCCGACUACGCCAUAGACAUCAUUACUUUCUACUCGGUGAUUCUCAAUCUAUCCGCAUUCGCAGAGCCAUGGUUCAUCAACUACUGGGUCGAAGCUUCUGGUUAUACAUGGGCUUUCGCAGCCCAGACCAUGAUCACCGCCUUUGGAAUCAUCAUCGGCAUUGGUCUGGUGCAAUUGUACGGCGGACGCAUUCGUGCCUGGAGUGGCGCCCCGAGCUGGACGACGGCAUCGUCACGGACUGAGCUCUAG